CCUUUAGCGGCAAAGGUUAACAUGAAAGACGGAAGGUUAUAUCUGUAAAUAAGUAACUGGAUUGUAGUCGAGUCGAGUCCGGUAGAGAAGUAGGGAUAAACAAACAUGAAGCAACGUAAUGGACUGAUUCAUUAGUUAAAGUUUUGCAGCUCAGCUGUACUCUUCAGCACAGCCAAGGACAGACUCAGCUCCAUCAAAACACAGAAAACUCUCUCCUCUUUUUGGGCAAAAGAAUCAUAAUCAUGGUAAUCUUCUUCUUUCCUUUUCCUCCUUUUCGUUUGUUCUUUUCGUAUUUCAAGGACUUGGUGGGAAGAGAAGUGACGGUGGAGCUGAAGAAUGAUUUGGCAAUCAGAGGAACCCUUCACUCCGUUGAUCAAUACCUCAAUAUCAAGCUCGAGAACACUAGGGUUGUCGAUCAAGACAAGCAUCCUCACAUGCUUUCAGUGAGGAACUGUUUUAUCAGAGGCUCGGUUGUGAGAUAUGUCCAGCUACCUCCUGAUGGAGUUGAUAUUGAAUUGCUUCAUGAUGCCACAAGAAGAGAGGCUCGGGGAGGCUGAAAAGCAUUUGUUGACAAAUUCAAUGUACUUUAAUCAACACCUGAUUUAGAUACUUUUGCUUCAAAUUGUUUCUGAAUUAAGCAAAGACGGUGACAAGUUAAUGAAGACCGAUCCCUCUUUGCGUUAAUGUAGACAAAUUGAUGUUGGUUUGUGUUUCAACAAAUUUUAUUUCCUGAAAGAAUAUUUCCUUCCUGAAGACGCGUGUACAAUGCUGGUGGCCAGUUAAGAUGCUGUGAAACGUCCAUUGUUGAGUAUGAAUUCUGACGAUGACGCCUGGAGUAUAGGCCGUGGUCGGCUGUGCCAAGUUCGUGUAGCAAGGGUGUUUGUCCCUUUUUUUUUCAGAAUAUAUUCCUUGUUUAUUACUAUUUACUAAUACUUAUUAAACUAAAACAACAAAAAAUCCUUUAACUUCAUCAAUUUACUUAAAUAAACUCAUACUUUAAUUGUUUUCAGCUUCGCUUAAUGGUUGAGA